AUGGCAUCGCCGACUCCAAUCGAGGAUUCGAUCAGAGAGAAGCUCACCGCCGCUCUUAAGCCUACCACGCUCGAGAUCUACAACGACUCCCAUCUCCAUGCGCACCAUGCGCCCAUGCAAGGGGUCACGUCGAAGGAGACACACUUCAGGCUCGUUAUCACAUCUGAAGCCUUCCAGUCCAAAAUGCAACCAGCACGGCACCGUCUCGUAUAUUCGCUGCUAAAGGAUGAGCUGGCCCGGGAUGGCGGAAUACAUGCCCUCCAGCUACGCACAAUGACACCAGAGGAGGAGGCCAAGCGACGAGCCCAGGAAGCCGGGAGCGACUGA